UGAUGAGCAGCGACCUGAUACCAAUGAUGUAUGACAUAUUCCUGCACGAAUAUGCAAGAUGAUCCUGUUAAUCCUAGCCCGGUUUAUGGCGCGUAAGUUGCAUCCCGUUAUAUCAUCUCCCUGACUUUAUCUGCACGCCGUACACGGCGGCCUUUAACACCCGCUCUUCCCCACGCCGUAGCCCCCAAAACGAUACCAACUUGACUCCCUCGUCCAUAUCGAUACCCGUCGCUGAUACUCGAUGAACGAGACAAGUUCAAGCUCACGGGAGCGUCAAAGAUGGACAGUCUCAACUUUUGGGGCGAUCGCAGGAGCGGCUCCAGCGGCUGGAAGCAGGCUGCUAAGGUCAAUUGCAUUACUCUUACUUGCAUGUCGGUGUUCCUGAUCGGUUGCUUGAUAUCUGCCAUAGCCAGGAGUGGCGGUCUUGGAAAGGCAUUGUUCUUUUACGAUGGUAACUGCGAUGGAGGCAACGUGUCCCAAGUUAACAUGACGCUUCAUUUGCUUAUAAAUGUCGUAUCAACACUUGUGUAAGUUGGCUUCCCAUGUUAUAUUUUAUUGUCAAAUCACGUAUCAUAUUACGAGACGGGUCGAAGCCAAUUGUUACCCAUAUCAUCCUUCCACGGUGUUAUGCACGACUGUUUCCAUAACGGCUCAGCUCAUGCUUUUUCAAAGGUUAGCUUCAAGCAACUUCUUCAUGCAAGUUUUAAAUUCUCCGUCGAGAGAAGAAGUAAAUGCAGUGCACUUCCGAGGCUCCUGGCUGGGAAUCGGCAUACCGUCCAUCCGAAAUGCCUUCAGAGUCUCCAAGUUCAAGACUACAUGUUGGAUUUGCCUAUUUAUUAGCUCGAUUCCUAUUCAUCUUCUAUUUAACUCAACGAUAUUUGAGACGGACUAUAGAGGAUCUGACUUCCACCUAACGAUAGCUACUGAGGAGUUUCUAAAUGGGGGGAGUUUCUACCCCCCUGGAGGAAGUUUAGUCCAAGCCGGCUUCUCGUCGUGGUAUGACGAGACCGGUCCAUAUAAGGGGUAUCCAUACAUCGUUACGGAAUCCACUAGUAUUAACUUCAAUCCAUGGUCCUUUUAUUAUGAUGGAUAUGGCUCGCCAGUUAACCUAACCGAAUACGCUAAUAAGGAUUCUGAUGCCAUGAAAAACAUAUCGACUACAGCGACGAGUGCCGGACAGUGGAAGAGACUUGAAAUAAGCGAGUGCAAGCAAGAGUAUAUUAACUGUAGUGGGCUUAAACGUCAUCGCAACCUGGUCCUCGUCAUCGACAGGCCAGGUGGCUGGAUAAGAGACGAGAUAUGGCAUCUGAUGGACAAUCAAACUGAACUAUGGGAUCGUUACGUCCCUGCGGAUCAGCCCAACCACUUAUUCUACGAUGCACAAUGUUUUAUGCUCGCGUCACGUAACGCAAUGAAAGUAACAGAAUGCGUGAAUAGCUGCAUCGGAGCCUUUGGCACGGGCGGGAAUAAUACGGUGAUAACCGCAUAUGCUAGUAUCCCGGAUUGGCAAUACUCUUUCUUCGAUGUAUGUGGCAAUGAGUCGGUCAACGGAACAACUAUUUUAGGGACCUCAGAAUUGUAUGAGGGUGAUAAAAUGGGCAGUACAUUGACAUCUGGUCUACAGCCGGGAGCGACCAAUUUAUCGGUACAAUACUGUCUUGCGGAUGACCUCGACAGAGUCUGCCAUAUUGGCUUGUCACCAAUUCUACUACUAACAGUAACAUUAUGCGUUAUAUUCAAAACUUUUACGGCUAUAGUUGUUACGGUAGUUCUGAGCCGCCAGAACCAGGCACCGUUAGUGACCCUAGGAGAUGCCAUGGAGUCUUUCAUCGAGAAGCCAGACCCUGUUACCGCCGGUAUGUGCACUAUUGGGCAAACGGAAAUCCGAAGGUCUAUGAGAUCCUAUAGAUCCUUAUUAUUACCAGUGCCAAGGCAAUGGAACCCGUUGCAGAGACGUCGAUGGGCAGUUGUCCCUUUAUUAGUAUGGAUAUCAAGCUAUCUACUAUUUGGUAUAGGCAUUACUACUUGUGCUUGCUUCUUCGCGGAUAUAAAACGCCACGACAACCUUGUCGGCUCAUUCUACGAGAGCGAAAUGAAUUCAUUCAUCGACUCCCCUUUCACCUUCACGCAAGGUGUCCUGAUCGCUAAUAGCCCUCAGCUACUCCUUUCAUUCUGCUAUCUUGCGUAUAAUAAUUUAUUUACUCGACUUCAGAUGGCCAGAGAAUGGUCCUUGUUUAGUGAAGGUUACGAGCCACUACGAGUUACUAGCCCUAAGGGCGACCAAUACUCUACCUAUCGACUUCAACUACCCUAUAAAUAUAGCCUCCCUCUUAUAGCUACUAGUAUAUUCCUUCAUUGGCUGCUCUCGAACACCAUUUAUCUCUUCAUAUCAAUCGGAGGUUACUUCAGUACCGAUGCAUUCCUUAGCGGAAUCGAAGCCGACCCGAGUCUACCACCUAACACCGCUAUCGCCUUGGGGUAUUCGGGCUAUUCCCUUCUGGUUAUGCUUGUGGUCUCGUGCUUCUUGAUCUUGUUGCCUGCAAUUCUGAGCAUCAAGAAGCUCCCGUCGAACAUGGUGAUAGUUGGGAGCAACUCACUCGCGCUGUCUGCUGCGUGCCACGUCUCGAGCUUGUCACACGCGGUCUGUUCCCGCGCAACGUCAUUAUUUGCCGAUUUUCCAGCACCGUCGCAAGUUGAUCUUCCACCGGCUCUAAAGUCGUCGAAGCGAUCGUACACUCCUCUCACAGACGAUACCUAUACCGAUGAGGGUAACAGGAGCGACAGCAUUGAGAUGCAGAAUCUCACGCCGAUGCUUACUACCACAAGCCGCCACCCAUUAUGGAAAUCAGUGUCAAAGAAGCCACUGCUUGAGCGUAGCGAAGAGGAUUUCUCUGACGCGGGAGAUGAACAGCAGAACAGCCAGUUCACGAAACUUGCCAGGAGCAAGAUCCGUUGGGGUGUCGUGGAGAUGCCACCUGAAUGGCACGCCGAGUAUGAUAACGACGACGCUACCGUCGGGCACCUCAGCUUCGGUGUUGAGGAAGACGGCGUCACGCCCCCGGAGCCGGGAUGUCUGUAUGCGUAACCAAAGUUAGAAAGUCAGGGAGACUUAGAAAAUACGCAUUUUCUAUCUCAGGGGCUCUCAUUAUAGAAGAAGAGGAAGAGUGAAUAUACCUCGACGUCACAUACGAUCUGCUCGACCGUUCACAAUGGUGUACAGCCCCGUCCCCAUCCACUCAAGGUGUCAAAAUGUCGCCUUAGCUUAUAACGCCUCGGACUCAUUGAGACGGAUAUCUGCUUAACACCAUAUCUGGCUCCCACGUCCCACGUGCUCCGGGCUGUUUGGUAUCUCAUCUUCUGCCAUGAAGAGAGUGGAGGCGCGUGCUCUGGAUUUAUAUACUUACGUCCAGCAUUCACUGUUUGAAGUGUACACUCAACCCUGCUGUCCGUAAAAACCUGCCGCGAACACUACCAAGUCAGUCCAGAGGUUAGAUGGUAUUCACACUCUAUUCUGGUCGCCAGUUAAUACCCUUAAUACUCAAGCUGCUAUUGUAUUAAGGAGGAUAUUAAGCCAUG